GCGUAGCUCGCGCCACCGGCGGCCCGUCCCGCAUGCAAGAAUGUGUCGGUCGCCGGCUGCGGCGCUGACCCGGCCGGACCUGCGCUGACCUCUGGACAUCAGCGACCGCCGACUGUCGGUCGACACAUGACGCCGGCCGCCCGCCGCCUGGUCACGUCACUGGCGGUGACGUCACUCCUGCUGACGUCACCGCGCGCCAUGCCGGCCAUGCGCUCCGGCGGCGGUCUGGAGCUGGGUGUGACGUACACCCUGGCCUACAACACCACCGUACUGCUGAGUGAGCUGCGGCAGGCGGCGCCCGGGGGCGUUAAGGAUGUGGGCUACCAAAUCUUGGCCGACGCAGAGUGCUCGGUCAUAUGGCAGCACCCGGAAGACGACGGCCAGCAGCUGAUCAUGCUGACGGUGAGCUCGCCGCAGUUGCUGGUGCGCUCGCGGCGCGCGCCUCAGCCGGACGGGUUCGCCGCGCACGGCUCCCUGCUGGAGGCGGCGCCGGCGCAGCCACUGCUGGUGCUGACCGGCGGCCCGGCCGGCGCGCCGCCGCGGCUCUGGCGCCACCCCCAGCUGGACGAGCAGACGGCCAACCUGGCGCGUGGCCUGGUCGGUCUGCUGCGGCUCAGAGCAGAGGGACAGUACCGCGAGACGGACGCCUCGGGCGCCUGUGACGUCACGUACCGCUGGGACGGGCCGCUCACGCUGGUGAAGACCAAGGAGCGCUGCGAGGCGGCGGCGCCCGUCCACACGGCCAGUCACCGGGUGCUGGACGUGUCUGUAACGUCGGUGCGCGAGACCCGGUUCGCGUUCUCGGCGGGCGGCGGCUCGCGGCUGGAAUCCUCCUCCUCUGAGGAGCGUCACCAGCUGACGCCGGCCGUCCGCGGCGGCUACGGCACAGAGGUGGCCGCCCUGCAGGCGCUGCAGGUCACAGGCUGCCGGUUGUACCUGCCGGCUCAGUGA